AUGUAUAGAUCCUCUGGACAGUGCCUUCUCGUCCUCCUCCUUCCCCUCGUGAUCCCGCCGCUCGCGGGAUGCUUUGGCCCGGAGGGCGCGGGCGAUCUGAUAGACGGGACGUGCGGGCAGACUCUGUACUACGGCCUCUGCGCGAAGUCCCUCCGGUCGGACCCGCGAAGCGCGUCGGCAGACCUCAAGGGCCUCGCCGUUAUAAUGCUCAACGUGACGACGGCAGAAGCGGCCGACACGCUGAGCUACAUAAAGGCGCUCGUGAAACGGAAGGUGGACCCUGCAGAGGCGAAACCGCUGGAGUACUGCGCCGGGCUGUACUCCCCGAUGGCGAGGCUGACCCUCCCGCUCGCGGCCAAGGCUCUGAUCCAGGGUCGAUACAGGUUCGCCGACUACAGGCUCGCGGAGGCGGCGAUGCAGCCGCCGACGUGCGAGGGGAGGUUCGGGGGCGCGGUCGAGUCGCCGUUGACGGACAGGAACGUGCUCGCGCACGACCUCUGCGCGGUGUCCAUGGACAUCGUUAACCAGCUGAUGAAGGGCUAA